CGCCGCCCCUCACUCACCGCCCGGCCCGCUAGCGUCGCUGGCGUCUGUUGUGAGGAAGCCCAGCAGCGCGUCGCCGGCGUCAUCAGCGCGCCGGAGCGACCCCCAGGUCGCCGGACUGAGUGCAGUGUAUUAGGAGCGCCCCUGAGCGCGCCUGACCCGCACCGUAGCCAUGGACUCGAAGAGGCAGAAGCCUGAAAAGAAGAACAAGAAGUCCAAGAAGGGAGAUGAGCGGAACCUGGAUGACCUCAAGCAGGAGUUGGUGCUCGAUGAGCACAUUAUUUCUCUUGAGGAGCUCCAGCAAAGACUCGGGAACCAAUGUCGAGAGGGGUCUAACGGAGUCACGGGCGCGGGAGAACCUGGAACGGUAUGGCCCGAACGCGCUCACGCCGCCCAAGAAGAUCCCCGAGUGGGUCAAGUUCUGCAAGAACCUGUUCUAUGGGUUCUCGCUGCUGCUCUGGAUCGGGGCCAUCCUGUGCUUCGUGGCGUACUCGAUCCAGGCGGGCACGUUCGAGGAGCCGCCAGAUGAUAACCUGUACCUGGGUAUCGUGCUCUCCGCCGUCGUCAUCAUCACCGGCUGCUUCUCCUAUUACCAAGAGUCGAAAAGCUCCCGUAUCAUGGAAUCCUUCAAGAACAUGGUGCCGCAGUACGCUCUGGUCGUCCGCGACGGCAACAAGUCGACGGUUCGCGCAGAGGAGCUGACGCUCGGCGACCUGGUCGAGAUCAAGUUUGGAGACCGCGUGCCGGCCGACGUCCGCAUCAUCGAGGCGCGCAACAUGAAGGUGGACAACUCGUCGCUGACCGGCGAGUCGGAGCCGCAGAGCCGCAACGCCGAGUACACGGCCGAGAACCCGCUCGAGACCAAGAACCUGGCCUUCUUCUCCACUAACGCCGUCGAGGGGACCUGCAAGGGUAUCGUGAUCAACAUCGGCGACAACACUGUGAUGGGUCGGAUCGCCGGCUUGGCCUCCAGCCUGGACACUGGCUCGACCCCGAUCGCGCGUGAGAUCGAGCACUUCAUCCACAUCAUCACCGGCGUGGCCGUCUUCCUCGGCGUCACCUUCUUCAUCAUUGCGCUCAUCCUCGGAUACAACUGGCUGGACGCUGUCAUCUUCCUGAUCGGUAUCAUCGUGGCGAACGUGCCGGAGGGCCUGCUGGCUACGGUGACGGUGUGCCUGACGCUGACCGCCAAGCGUAUGGCCUCCAAGAACUGCCUGGUGAAGAACCUUGAGGCCGUGGAGACCCUCGGAUCCACCUCCACCAUCUGCUCCGACAAGACGGGCACGCUCACGCAGAACCGUAUGACGGUGGCGCACAUGUGGUUCGACAACCAGAUCAUCGAGGCGGACACGACAGAGGACCAGUCCGGCGCCUCGUACGACCGCAACACGGAGGGCUGGAAGGCACUGUCGCGCGUGGCCGCCCUCUGCAACCGGGCCGAGUUCAAGGUCGGACAGGAGAGCAUGCCCAUCCUGAAGAGGGAUGUCAACGGUGACGCGUCAGAGGCGGCGCUGCUCAAGUGCUGCGAGCUCGCAAUGGGCAACGUCAUGGGCUACCGCGAUCAGUACAAGAAGGUCUGCGAGGUGCCCUUCAACUCCACCAACAAGUUCCAGGUAUCUGUCCACGACUUCCGCCACGAGACGCCGAACAACCCCAACUUCCUGGUGAUGAAGGGAGCUCCCGAGCGCAUCCUGGACCGCUGCUCCACCAUCCUGCUGAACGGCCAGGAGAAGCCACUGGACCAGGAGAUGAAGGACGCCUUCAACAACGCCUACUUGGAGCUCGGAGGACUCGGAGAGCGUGUGCUAGGGUUCUGCGAUUUCUCGCUCCCCGGCAAGGACUACCCCAGCGACUAUCCAUUUGACAGCGACGAGAUCAACUUCCCGCUGGAGGGGCUCCGCUUCGUCGGCCUCAUGUCCAUGAUCGACCCGCCGCGCGCCGCCGUGCCCGACGCCGUGGCCAAGUGCCGCUCGGCUGGCAUCAAGGUCAUCAUGGUUACCGGCGAUCAUCCGAUCACGGCCAAGGCCAUUGCCAAGAGUGUCGGCAUCAUCUCGGAGGGCAACGAGACUGUGGAGGACAUCGCGCAGCGUCUGAACAUUCCGGUGGGCGAGGUGAAUCCUCGCGAGGCGAAGGCGGCCGUCGUGCACGGCUCCGAGCUUCGCGACAUCAGCGCCGACGACCUGGACGACAUCCUCACCCACCACACGGAGAUCGUGUUCGCGCGCACGUCACCGCAGCAGAAGCUCAUCAUCGUGGAGGGCUGCCAGCGCCAGGGCGCCAUCGUGGCCGUGACGGGCGAUGGCGUCAAUGACUCGCCCGCGCUCAAGAAGGCGGACAUCGGCGUCGCCAUGGGUAUCGCUGGAUCGGACGUGUCGAAACAGGCCGCCGACAUGAUCCUGCUAGACGACAACUUCGCCUCCAUCGUCACUGGUGUCGAGGAGGGCCGCCUGAUUUUCGACAACCUGAAGAAGUCGAUCGCCUACACGCUGACGUCCAACAUUCCCGAGAUCUCGCCAUUCCUCUUCUUUAUUCUGCUGGACAUUCCCCUGCCUCUGGGAACCGUCACCAUUCUCUGCAUCGACUUGGGCACGGACAUGGUUCCUGCCAUUUCUCUGGCUUACGAGAAGGCCGAGUCGGACAUCAUGAAGAGACAGCCGCGUAAUCCGCUUACAGACAAACUGGUCAACGAAAGGCUCAUCUCGAUAGCGUACGGCCAGAUCGGCAUGAUCCAGGCGGCGGCCGGCUUCUUCAGCUACACGGUCAUCAUGGCUGAGAACGGUUUCCUACCGUGGGAUCUGUCCGGCCUGCGCAAGUCCUGGGACUCCAAGGCCGUCAAUGAUCUCAAGGACUCCUACGGCCAGGAAUGGACGUACGCCGACCGCAAGGUGCUCGAGUACACGUGCCACACGUCCUUCUUCGUGGCGAUCGUGAUCGUGCAGUGGGCCGAUCUUAUCAUCUGCAAGACGCGCCGCAACUCCAUCGUCCAGCAGGGCAUGACCAACUGGGCGCUCAACUUCGGCCUGCUGUUCGAGACGGCGCUGGCCGCCUUCCUCUCGUACACGCCGGGCAUGGACAAGGGCCUGCGCAUGUACCCACUCAGGUUCGUCUGGUGGCUGCCGCCGCUGCCCUUCUCGCUCCUCAUCUUCAUCUACGACGAGUGUCGCCGGUUCGUCCUGCGACGCAACCCCGGCGGCUGGGUGGAGAACGAGACCUACUAUUGAGGCCGUCGACCGCCCGGCGCUGUAGUCACGCGCGGCCCGCACUCCGCUGCGUCUAGCUCGUUGGACAUUGGUACGGCAGCGCCGCCUCGCGGCCGCCGCCGGAAACUUGCCUCGCCAGCCGGGGCGCUUCGCAAUAUAGAGGUGUCGGCGCCCCUCGCGGAUCGAAGGCUGCUGUUUUACUCCUGUGUUUUAUGUUGUCACUAAAUAUAUGCGAGUUUGUUGCUCCCAUCUC